AAGGGUUGAUUAGUUCUUAUCUUGCGUUGGUGUAGCCGACUAUCUUACUACCUACCCAGCCGUCAUCCUUGAAACUCGCGAGCAAACCCGAUAGUCUGACCCCCCCCCUCCCUUCCACAUGGCCGCGUUGCAGAGCUUAAGUGUUCUGCUACAGCAAAGUUCAAUUGAUGAUCAUGAUGAAAUAAUCAAAACCUGCAAUGCGAUAUUAAAAAGAUCCAAAACCGACCUUGAAGCGCGACACGUUAAAACGGUAGCGUUGCUCAAACAGGACCGCUUCGAAGAAGCGAUAAAAGUUAUCGAGGAUGGAGGAGAUGCGCUGCAGCAACGGGCGUCGUUGGAAUGGGCAUACGCCUUGUAUAAGACCGGAAAACUUGAUAAAGCUAUAGAGGUGGCCGCCGCUUCGGGCAGAGGACGAGGAGCGAAACAUGUGGAGGCCCAAGCGGCAUACCGAGAUGAGCGUUGGCAGCGGGCAAAAGAUUUAUAUGAGGAGCUGUAUAAAGACCAAAGCGCCUCCGCGCAGGAACAUACUGAUCUUCGAAUUAAUAUGACAGCCGUGGACGCGCAGCAACGCUGGGCUGGACACGCGAAGUUGGCGCAAGGAAUUAAACCAGGCGCUGACGACCUGGAAGUAUUUGAGACAACUUACAAUAUUGCUUGUGAGUAUAUUGCGACUGGGGAACUUGAAAAGGCUCGACAACUUCUUAGAAGAGCGAAAGAGCUUUGCAAAUCUUCCGAGGAACUGUCGCCAGAGGAUAAGAGAGCUGAAUUAUUACCUAUUGCAACCCAAGAAUUGUAUAUUGCUCUACGGCAGGGGAAGCUCGAGGGAGUAGAAUCACUGCUUGAAGAGAUCAAUAUCUCCGAGAUAUCCGAGAUGUCUACAAAGCAGAUUGCCCAAAACAAUCUCAUCCUAGCUACCCACCGCGAUUCUAAUCCCUAUUUACAGCAUAAGUCGUUCCACGAAACACCACAACCUGCGGAUAGCGAUAGACUAUUCAGAUAUCAAAGCGGAACCUUGAAACAAAACUCAAACACCAUCGAGCUUCUUGUUCACAAGUACGAUGGAGUUGCAAGAUCAACUUCAAAAGUACUAUCUCAACAAAGGUCAGCGACACUGUCAAAAGAUGUUAAUUCCCUUUCCAUUUUCAAUGUGGCUGCCCAUACUCAAAACAAGGGCGGGCGAGCCUCCAUAAAACAAACGCUCUCCCUAUUAGAAAAGCGACCCCAAGAUGUCGGCCUUGUUCUCCUUGCUACCCAAUUAUAUAUCGGUGAAGGCAAUGUGAGCUCUGCGGUAUCCGUUCUGGAAUCUUUCUUAAAACGGCUGGACGAAUCGAUAUCAGAAUCAGACCAGGAGGUCCGAUACAACCCGGGCCUCAUCAGUGUCCUCGUCGCUAUCUAUAAACUACAAGGCCGGAAGAGGCAAGUAAACAUCGAGCUCGCCAAAGCCGCAACAUAUUGGCGCCAACGGCCGCGCCAUGAACAGCCAUUAUCCCUUCUCCGAGCCGCAGCAUCGUCUCUUCUUCAGUCUCACGAUUCCUCGAACCUGCGCACCGCCGCCGAGAUAUUUGAUGCCGUACACUCCAUAGAGCCGACAGAUCGGAUCGCAACAGCCGGCUACGUCGCAUCCCACGCCGCAUUCUCCCCGUCGAAGAUCCAAAACGAGACCACCACCCUCACACCGAUCCAAGACCUGAUCUCCGGCGUGGAUGUCGCCACUCUCGAAGCCGCAGGCAUUCCUCCCAUUUGCACCGAGACGAUCACGGCAUCUCGCAAACGCAAGGCGACCGAGGACAAACAGAAACAGGCCGCGCCCAAAAAGAAACGGAUACGUAGAUCUCGGCUGCCAAAGAAUUAUGACCCAGAGAAGAAGCCUGAUCCGGAGCGCUGGCUGCCAUUGCGCGAUCGCUCGACAUAUCGGCCAAAGGGCAAGAAAGGAAAGCAGAGAGCUGCUGAUCGGACUCAAGGUGGCAUUGUGAAUGAAAAGGGAGAGGAGAGUGCUGCACCGACCGCCGGGGUGGUACAGCAAAAGAGCCAGGGUGGAGGUGCGAAGAAGAAGAAGGGUAAAGGAAAGAGAUGAUAAUCUACGUCUAAUAGUAACAUCCAUGAGAUAGAUAAGUUC